UAAAAUCUUGUUUAAAUAUUUCAAAAUUAACAUUCCGAAGUCUUUUUUAUUUUUCAAUGGAUCAACCCUAAGUUCCACCAACUGGAGAUCAAGCCAUAAGCAAAUCACAGAUGAAAUAUCUUAAAAAGUAAGAGGAGAAAGAGAAGAAGAAAGCUGAGAAAGAUGCUCAAUAAGUAUAGUAAUAAAAAAAUGCCCCAGAAAAAGAAAAAUAAACAAGUAUCAGAAAUAUCUAUUAAUAUUAGAAAAGGGCGUAUAAUAAGCUGAAGAAGAAUUAGAUCCUCGCCUCUUCCAUGAGAAUCGCUCAAAAUAAGUUUUGGCACUUAAGCAAAGUUAAGACCCGUAUUAAAUUUAAUUUAAAAUAGAAACCCUUACCCUCAUAAAUUCCAUGUAGAUUUAACAAUAGCUUAAUUCCGAGAAAAGUAUGGUCCAAUAUGUACAGAGAAAGGAAAGAUUCAUGAGGACUUAGUAUCAGUGGCAGGUAGAGUAGUCACAAUUAGAUCAAUGGGUGCUAAUCUUAUGUUUUAUGAUUUAUAAGGAGAUGGAACAAAGAUUUAAGUGAUGGCUAAUGCAGCUAAUCACAAAGAUGAAGGAUUUUCAUUUGAGAAAAUUCAUAGUUUGAUAAAAAGAGGAGAUAUAGUAGGAGUUCAAGGAAAUCCUUGUUUAACAAAAGCAGGUGAAUUAAGUAUUGCUCCAGGAAUAAUUUAAUUAUUAUCUCCAACAUUACAUAUGUUACCAACAGCUCAUUUUGGAUUUAAAGAUCAUGAAUAGAGAUAUAGAAUGAGAUAUUUAGAUUUAAUUAUGAAUAAAAAAGUGAGAGAAAUAUUCCUUACUAGAUCAGCAGUAAUAAAACAAUUAAGAGAAUAUUUUGAUAAUAAAGGUUUUAUUGAAGUAGAGACUCCAUCUUUAAAUGUUAUUUAAGGAGGAGCAACAGCUAAACCAUUUAAAACAUUCCAUAAUUCAUUACAUAGAGAUUUGUUUAUGAGAGUUGCACCAGAAUUAUAUCUAAAAAUGUUAAUUGUAGGAGGAUUAGAUAGAGUAUAUGAAAUUGGUAAGAACUUUAGAAAUGAAGGAAUUGAUUAAACUCAUAAUCCUGAAUUUACAGCUAUGGAAUUUUAUUGGGCAUAUUGUGAUUAUAAUGAUCUUAUGAAUGUAACUGAAGAAGUCUUAUCAUCUAUUGUUAAAAAAGUUAAAGGAGAUUAUAAAUUUAAAAUACAUAAAGGUGAUAAUCCUACUAUUACACUUACUGAACAUGAUAUUAAAUCUGGUCAUUUUAAAGAAUAAGAAGAUGAUUUUAUUGAAUUAGAUUUUACACCACCUUGGCCUAGAAUUUCUAUGAUGAAAGAAUUAGAAAAAAAACUUGGUGAAAAAUUACCUGAAGUAUUAGAAAGUGAAGAGGCUAAUGUUUUCUUUAAUGAAUAAGCUAAAAAACAUAAAGUUGAAUGUUCUAAUCCAAGAACUACUGCAAGAUUAAUAGAUAAAUUAGUUGGACAUUUCUUAGAAGUCAAUUUUAAGAAUCCUACAUUUUUAAUUGAUCAUCCUUAAUUAAUGAGUCCAUUAAGUAAAGUUCAUAGAUAAUAUCCAGGUUUAACUGAAAGGUAUUUAUUUUUAUUUUAUCUAGAUUUGAACUAUUUGUUAAUUAUCACGAAUUAUGCAAUGCAUAUACAGAAUUGAAUGAUCCAUUUGUCUAAAAAGCAUUAUUCUAAAAAUAAGUUGAAGAUGCUGCUAAAGGUGAUGAUGAAGCUAUGGGAUAUGAUGAAGGAUUUAUUAAGUCUUUAGAACAUGCUUUACCACCGUAAUUUUUAUAUAUUAUUCAACUUUAGAACUGCAGGAUGGGGUCUUGGUAUUGAUAGAUUUGUUAUGUUGUUAACUGAUACAUAAAAUAUUUAAGAAGUUCUACUCUUCCCAGCAAUGAAACCAGAAAUGACUGUUGAAGAAAUGUAAAAAAUCUAAAAAGAAAAAGAAGAAUUAAAAUUAAAAUAAUAAUAAUAAUAAUAAUAAUAAUAAUAAUAAUAAUAAUAAUAAUAAUAAUAAUAAGAGUAAUAAUAAUAAUAAUAAGAGUAAUAAAAAUAAUGA